UCUCUCUUGCGUAGAAUGGUGUUGAUUCCUGUUAUUUACACUAUGAGAUCGAAGGGUCAAGCAGGUGCCUCCCCCGAUAAUGAUGAAGAGGGUAUGUUCGAAUCACUCACUUGGGGUCAACGUUGGGGUUGUGAAUAUGUUGGAGUCCUAUCAAUAUUGAAUGGCAUGUGCCCUCCAAGGGCGAAAGUCUCAUUAUUUCUCCUUGGCACGAUGUUCAGAACGUUACACCUUGAGAUGGUAAGGCCAAUCAACUCAAGUAUGACGCGUGUGGAAAAUACGGUGAUAUCAUUAAACUUGUUGGCAAUACUCAAAGUUUCCAAGACAAUAUGGCACUUGAAACAUUCUGCGCUUCCAAGAAGGGUGGUAAAGAUCUUAUUGCUAUCAAUAUGGUUGCUGCCGGACAGUUACCCGAACUUUUGCACGGAGAUAUCAAGGGUACUAUUUGUGACAUGGCUUACAAGUCUUAUUGUACAAAGUUGCUUUGGCUAACUGAGCGUAAAGGCUGGUCUUGUCGAAGGCAUCAAAAUCUUGAUCUCUCAAGGUAUUGCUAAAUUUAAAAUCUGGACAGGAAAAUGUGUCCCAAUUACCGAAAUUGAAGGAGAAGUGUCAGAUAUCCAGAGAUGCAAACCUUCAUAAAAUACAGUGGACACCCUGCAAUUCGAACAAAUUGUUUCAACACAGACCAAAAGAAAUGGUUUUCCAUUAGGUUGUUUCAAACUACUGGUUAAUAAUUAAACGUUAUCACUCGGUUCUCUUGUCCUUCUUUUACACAAGCAUGAAC